AGCAAGCUCCGCGCCGGCGCCGGCUAUUGAUUGGCUGCGGUGGGAGCAGGCUGCUCGCCGGCAGUGGUUACUCGGGGUUUCCGGUGCGAGGCCAGAGCUGGGGAAGUCGUCGGACGUUGGCUGUGAGGAUCUCCUUCUGACCCAGCAUCGCUCAUCACAAUGAAGAACCAAGACAAAAAGAACGGGGCUUCCAAACAAUCCAACCCAAAAAGCAGCCCGGGACAACCGGAAACGGGACCCGAGGGAACCCAGGAGCGGCCCAGCCAGGCGGCUCCUGCGGCAGAAGCUGAAGGUCCCGGCAGCGGCCAGGCUCCUCGGAAGCCGGAGGGGGCACAAGCCAAAAUGGCUCAGUCUGGGGCCCUCUGUGAUGUCUCUGAGGAGCUGAGCCGCCAAUUGGAAGACAUACUGAGCACGUACUGUGUGGACAAUAACCAGGGGAGCCCAGGCGAGGAUGGGGCACAGGGUGAGCCGGAAGAUGCAGAGAAGUCCCGGACCUAUGUGGCAAGGAAUGGGGAGCCUGAGCCAUCUCCAGUAGUCAAUGGAGAGAAGGUACCCUCCAAGGGGGAGCCAGGCACAGAAGAGAUCCGGCCAAGUGAUGAUGUGGGAGACCGAGACCACCGAAGGCCACAGGAGAAGAAAAAAGCCAAGGGUUUGGGGAAGGAGAUCACAUUGCUGAUGCAGACAUUGAAUACUCUGAGUACCCCAGAGGAGAAGCUGGCCGCUCUGUGCAAGAAGUAUGCUGAACUGCUGGAGGAGCACCGGAACUCACAGAAGCAGAUGAAGCUCCUGCAGAAAAAGCAGAGCCAGCUGGUGCAAGAGAAGGACCACCUGCGUGGUGAGCACAGCAAGGCCGUCCUGGCCCGUAGCAAGCUUGAGAGCCUAUGCCGUGAGCUGCAGCGGCACAAUCGCUCCCUCAAGGAAGAAGGUGUGCAGCGGGCCCGGGAGGAGGAGGAGAAGCGCAAGGAGGUGACUUCGCACUUCCAGGUGACAUUGAAUGACAUUCAGCUGCAGAUGGAACAGCACAAUGAGCGCAACUCCAAGCUGCGACAAGAGAACAUGGAGCUGGCUGAGAGGCUCAAGAAGCUGAUUGAGCAGUAUGAGCUGCGAGAGGAGCAUAUCGACAAAGUCUUCAAACACAAGGACCUGCAACAGCAGCUGGUGGACGCCAAGCUUCAGCAGGCCCAGGAGAUGCUAAAGGAGGCAGAAGAGCGGCACCAGCGGGAGAAGGAUUUUCUCCUGAAAGAGGCAGUAGAGUCCCAGAGGAUGUGUGAGCUGAUGAAGCAGCAGGAGACCCACCUGAAGCAGCAGCUUGCCCUAUAUACAGAGAAGUUUGAGGAGUUCCAGAACACACUUUCCAAAAGCAGCGAGGUAUUCACCACAUUCAAGCAGGAGAUGGAAAAGGUAACGGUGGGCCAGGCCAGGCUUGGCUGCUGGGGCAUAAACUGCUUCAUUCAGAAUGGUUGGGCCUGCCUUCAGGAAGUUCCCGUCUGGAGUGUCUCAAGGGUGGGGCUUCCCUUGCGAACCCUCAAAGGGUGGGGGUCACAGCCUUUCCUCUUGAGGCAGUAUCAGUGGUAUGUAUACCCUGAAGGUUGUCCUAGGAAAUGGAGCAGUCUGAGUUCUUUUUUUUUUUUUUUUAAAACAGUCCGGGAUAAAGAGCUGGAGGGCCUGCAGGUAAAAAUCCAACGGCUGGAGAAGCUGUGCCGGGCGCUGCAGACAGAGCGCAAUGACCUGAACAAGAGGGUACAGGACCUGAGUGCUGGUGGCCAGGGCUCCCUCACUGACAGUGGCCCUGAGAGGAGGCCAGAGGGGCCUGGGGCUCAAGCACCCAGCUCCCCCAGGGUCACAGAAGCGCCUUGCUACCCAGGAGCACCAAGCACAGAAGCAUCAGGCCAGACUGGGCCUCAAGAGCCCACCUCCGCCAGGGCCUAGAGAGCCUGGUGCUGGGGCAUGCUGGGAAGGGAGCAGCAGCCCAGCCAGGCCUGGCCCAUAAAAGGCUCCCAUGCUGAGCAGCCCAUUGGUGAAGCCAGGAUGUUCUGAUCUGGCUGGCAUCUGACACUUGGAAUUUUGGAUUUUGUGGGUCAGUUUUACGUACAUACGGCAUUUUGCAAGGCCUCAUGCAUUUACACCUGUAAGUGUACAGUGGGCUUUGCAUUGGGGGUGGGGGUGUGUACAGAUGAAGUCAGUGGCUCCUCUGUGAGCUGAAGAGUCUUGAGAGGGCUGUCAUCUGUAGCUGCCUUCACGGUGAGUUGGCAGAACAAGUGACUUAAGCAUUUCUCUGCCUGAUUUGAGGCUCAGACUCCUCCCAGCCCUUCAGAGCUCAAGACAAGUGAUACACCCAGGUCUUAACUGCAUUUCUUUUGUGAGCAGGGCUUGCUUGAGCAGCUCAGGCUCUCCUAGCUGCUCUGGAGGCUCCUUUGCUUCUCUAGACCUGGAAAAUGUGUCCCCAGGCAGAGCCCUGGCAGUGCGCUUGGAGCUGGUGAUUUCCUGCCUAGGACAAGGGACUUAGAGAAUGUUUUUAUGUGGGAUGAUGCACUGGUCGGGAGCCCGUUGGGCAUUGCUUCCCCUGCCCUUUGGUAGUGCCAGGACCAGGCCAACGAUGCUUCUCAGUAGCCUUAUCAUUCACAGGUGCCUCUCUAGCCUGCACAAAUGAUUGACAAGAGAUCACCCAAAGGAUUCUUUCUGAAGGUGUUUUUUUCUUUUUUUUUUUUUUUUUUUUUGCACAUGACAGUGUUUGUAUUGAGGAUCCUCUGAGGAAGAGGGGUGCUGUGGCAGUGGCGCCUGGGUGCCUGGCCUCCAGUGCCCCACCCCCUUCACCACUCCACUUGGCUCCUUUGCCAUCUUGGUGCUGAGGUUUCCUGUGUGGUGAGAUCAGGUUGUUUGUUGUAAGAAAGGAAAGGGCUUCUGAUGGCUUUGCCACAAGCUUACCUGUGGGUUUCCGUCCUGAGAGGCCACCCCCAGUUCCCAUCAGCACUGUCUCCAUGCAGCAGUUGCUGGGCCCCAAGUCCAGCUGCCUCCUUGGCUUCAUGGGUUUUUGUGUUUCCUGCCCCCACCCCCACAUGUACAGUCCUCAAGAUUUGUCCUGAUUCCAUUUCCUGGCACCUCCCUGCCUGUCCUUGGCGAUUCCACUUCUGUGUGGGAGCCCGUAGCUAUUGUCUGACAGGUAAGAAAUGAAAUUAAACUAUUGACUGGGCCCUAGAAAUCCAUAAAAUAGCUGUAGACGGUUGUUUCUAUGUCCUAUUCUCCCGCCACCCCUGUACCUAACUAUGUACUGUGUAGAGCCAUUUAUAUGCUGAAUGUUCUGCUGUUGCAAACUUGCCAGGGUAUUAGCCAGUCUUUAUGCAAAGCAGUUUUCUGGGACAAUAGAAUGAGUCACACACCAAGAUGGAUAGGAGGUUAGGGCUUUGCUUCUUGCUGUUUUUCUUUGAAGCUAGUUCAUUGUCCUCUGGUCCUUCAUCUUCCCUACCCAGCCCACUCUUUCAGCCCUUAAAUCUCUCAGAUAAAUUGGUUCAUAAAGAAUGUUAAGUACUGAAUCAUGUAUGACUGAGACCAGAGAUGGCAAAUGAAUGGCACAUCAUUUCUCCCCCUGCCCCAGGGCAGGUACCACUGUUCUGCAUCAGAGUUGUCCACUAUCCUCUGGUGUAUCCUUAGUUCGCAUCUAGGUGCCCUCACGCAGCUGUGUGAGCGUUGAGAUCUCUUUGCCAUCCCUGGCUGAGAUACUGCUGUCCUGUGAAGUGUUUCCCAAGAUCUUUUUCUUCCCUUUUGAAUCCCUGUGUCUGGAGUAGUCCUUCCCUCUUCCUGCCCCAGUAGGGCCUUUUCCUUACCCCAGCCCCUGUGCCUGGCUUAGCUGGUACAAGUGCUGCCAACCCCACAGAGUGUUUGCUAGGCGAGAGAGGUGCAGAGAAGAGGCAGAGGUAUGCACCUUCCCCCUUGAAGAGAGGGAAAAGGCCUACAGUGGCCCACAUCAUUGCCUGACUCACUUCAGCUACCUCUUACAGCCUGUAGAGGGACUGGAGCUGCUGGAUCCCAGUGUGGUGGGUGUGGGAGGCCACAGUGAGCAGGUGGCCCCAGCUGGGUUUCCCAGGUCAGGAAUAUGGACACCAGACAAGGUGCAGCCUUUGCUCACAGCUCCAUCCAUGUCUAGAUCUUCAGGCCAGUCUGCAGAUGGGAAUCCCUACCUUUUUCUUCCUAUUCAUUGACCAAAUCAUAACCAAUCACUACAGCUGCUCUGCUUCUGCUUUCCAAAGUAGCCCAGGUCCUGGGCCAGAUGCAGGGGAGGUGCCUAUCCAUGAGUGAAGGCCAUUGCCUUCCUCACCCGGGUGGGUCCCACACUUGUGACCUCAGUUUUAGGACCAAGAGCUGUGUUGGUUUCUUAGAUUGCUAGCUUUUCCUCCAGGGGACCACAGCAAGUGAAGCUCAGAGUCCAUGGCUCUGCUAACAAUAAGUUGUUUUCAGGGCCUUGUCCAGCCAAGAGCUUCAUGUCCACCAGAUUCUGAGAGGUGUCAGCAGCACUUUUUUUUUUUUUAUUUGUUGUUUGUUUUCCAUGAGAUUUUUGGACCAUGGGCUGAGCUCAGGCACUUUCUGUAGGAGAAUGUUAUUUCUGUAAAGACGGUUAUUUAACCCUCCUCCACCCCAUCAUGGCGGCCCUGAGGGCUGACCCGGAGGCCAGUGGAGCUGCCUGGUGUCCACGGGGGAGGGCCAAGGGCUGCUGAGCUGAUUCUCCAGCUGCCGCCACAGCCCACCCACCUUACACAGCACAGAGGUGGUCACCCCAGGGACAGCCAGGCACCUGCUCCUCUUGCCCUUCCUGGGGGGAGGGGGCUGCCUUCUGUUCCUGUAACUGCUUUCCUUAUGGCCCAGCCCGGCCACUCAGACUUGUUUGAAGCUGCACUGGCAGCUUUUUGUCUCCUUUUGGUAUUCAUAACAGCCAGGGACUUGAUUUUGAUGUAUUUUAAACCAUAUUAAAUAAAGAGUCUGUUGCCUUA